CAUAGCGACACAUCACUCUGUGCUCUACAAUGCUAUUAUAUGGAAGACCACAUCAGUGCUUUUCUACAGAACAGAACUUCACCUCCCUUCCGGGCAUCUCAUCUAUUCUGAGCACUUCAUCUUGCUACAGGCAGUUAUACCCCCUUAUAGUUCCCUUCUGCUUCCUUAGCUUUGAUACUAAAAUAAGAUCAAAAAUUUUGUCCAUUUCCUUUACCUGCCACCAUAUUCUACACACUCCUUACGUAAUCAUAAUGCUUGUCUCUCUCAUACCCUUCACAAUCCUCUUCUACGUAUACUGCCCUUUGUCAUAUCCUACACUCCUCUCCUGUACAUACUGCCCUCUGUCAUACCCUCCACACUCCUCUCCUGUACAUACUGCCCACUGUCAUACCCUCCACACUCCUCUCCUGUACAUACUGCCCUCUGUCACACCCUCCACACUCCUCUCCUGUACAUACUGCCCUCUGUCACACCCUCCACACUCCUCUCCUGUACAUACUGCCCUCUGUCAUACCCUCCACACUCCUCUCCUGUACAUACUGCCCCCUGUCAUA